AUAGUGCGAACGAGUCGGCAAUAUGACGCUAGAGUUACUCUCGUAAGGUAUAAACGUUCGCUGCGUAGUGCUUUCUCUGUUGCACGCACAGGCCGAGGAAAGUAAAUGGGCAUGCGAGGACGACUACGACGACGAAACUGAAAUAAAAUAAUCUUGCUCGCCACGUCAAUACGCCCUAAUCUCGUACACUAAUCGUAUUGAUCUUGGUGAUACAAGAGUUGACUCGGGUAAAGAGUCUCGGCGGGUCGUGCCCUGUAUAGCCGGUUGCCUGUACUGGCCGCGAGACUCGACCGAGUCUCUUGAUUACGGGAGAAGGUUCACUGGUAAGCAAACGUUGAUAGACACUUGCGAGUACGUACCAGUGUGCGCUGUGACUUGACGGCUGAUAAUAGUAAUUGAUAGUAGGCGUUAAAGCCAAGCCAACGUGCCUGUAACUCUUUCAAUACACAUUAUCUAAAUUACGAUUUUUACCCUGUUAAAAUAGUUAUUAGAUAAAAUAUUAAUUAACCUACAAGAUACAGAGUGGUGGAGAUGCAUCGUCGCCGAGGAAGAACAAGUCCUUCUGUAGAACGUGAAGAAGUUGAGAAGAAUUUACGUUACUUGGAAGAGAAUGAAGAACAGGAAGGUAAUAAUCAGAAAGAUGAUAACAACGAUGAAGAGGAGGAUGAAGACGUUUUACGUGCGAUGACAGUGGAAGGAAUACGCGAUAGAAUGCAGCAAAUGCGCCAAGAUGUAUUAGAACAAGUUAACGAACAAUGGAAUGAGAUGCUCUCUGACGUGCUGCAACGACUGGAGGCGAAUGUGUCCGGUUCUGGGUCUGGAAAUAAAAUCUUUGAAGAUACUGACAAAUAUGUUGAUCGUCGGAAAUCUCAAAAAGAAGGUAUUCUGUCGGACAAAAGAUUCCAGCCGAGAAAUUCUCUUCUCACUGACCUCUUCAAGAUCAAACAUUUCAGAACGAUCUACAACAUCUUCGUAGUUAUCCUUAUAAUUCUAUUUAUAAACACUGCGGUAUGCGAUAUCGUGGAUACUGGCUCAACUCAUCUAGGUGUGAGAACAAUUAUGUUGGGAUUUGGAAAAUUUCCUACAGUUAUUAAUAUCUGGCUGCUCAUGAAAGGGUCAACCUUCGCCUUAUACAUAAUUUUCAGCUUUUGGGCCAGUCAGCGCUCUACGUUACCAGCAAAAACAUUGCCACGGAAGAUCCUAGAUUAUGGUUGUUUAGCGUUAUUUAUACUUUAUCAAGCAGCGUUCAUCGCUUUGCCAGUAAAGGCUAUACUUGCAGAAGAUUUACCUCCAGUCUCCAGUUUAGUUGUCUUGAUGGAGCAGGUUCGAUUGCUAAUGAAGACGCAUGCCUUCGUGAGAAGCACAGCUCCAAAGAUGAUGCUCGAAGAAUCGCAAAAGUUACAGAAGACACAAAAGUCACAGGUGGAUAUUUCCGGUUCGUCGAAAUGUCCAGGGUUUUCAAAGUUCCUUUACUUUAUGUUCGCCCCGACGCUCGUAUAUCGGGACAGCUAUCCGCGAACACAGCAAAUAAAUUGGCGAAAAGUCAUCUGGAAUUACACGGAAGUCGUCCUGGUUGUCUUCUACGUUGCUUUCGUAUUCGAGCGUUUCCUCGUACCAGACUUUCGUCAAUUUGGGGAACAUCCUCUGGAACCACGUGCUCUUAUACUAAGUAUAUUUAGUACCAUGAUGCCAGGGAUCCUGGUCUUCCUUUGUGGAUUCUAUUGUCUUCUUCACUCGUGGAUGAACGGCUCGGCAGAGCUGUUACGCUUCGCCGACAGAAUGUUUUACAAGGAUUGGUGGAAUUCGACUUCGUAUGACGCAUACUAUCGUACCUGGAACGUUGUGGUACACGACUGGCUUUAUACGUAUAUAUACAAAGACAUGUAUGAAAUAGUUACACCGCGAAAUAAGGUCCUCUCAACAUUCACGGUCUUUGCCGUCUCAGCGAUUUUCCACGAGUACAUCCUAGCAUUCGCCUUCCGGUUCUUUUAUCCGGUAAUGCUACUUAUGUUUGGCGGUAUUGGUCUCGUUCUUGUCUUUCUGACCAGGAAACAUGACAAAGCUGGUGGUAAUAUCUUCGUGUGGCUCACUCUCUGUAUCGGUAGCGGAGUUCUUCUUAGUCUUUACUCCAUGGAAUAUUAUGCUAGAAUUAAUUGCCCACCUUAUCAAGAUAGUUUUCUUGAUCUGUUUUUACCACGAAGUUGGACCUGCCAUCGUUUGUAGUUGAUAAUUGAUAAUAAAGAGUCCAUUAUUAAAAUUUUAAGGUGCUUUCUAGUGUUCUUCGGGAUCUAGAGAUAUACAGUUAUCAAUUUAUAUAAAGAUGAAAUGAGCGGCUAAUAAAGAAAAAAUUAAUACAA